AGUGUCAAAAAAAAGUCAAAAUUCUAACGCUAUCAAAACCCCACACGUUUUUGUGUCGGGUUCAUACAUAAAAUUAUUUUUAUUUUAUUAUAUUUUCUAGUGUAAAAUGGCUUCGUGUAAGCCCUGUGGAAGAUUGGCAAAAGAUGGUUCAUCCCCUCGUCAUAAUUUAACUUGCCCUCCAUGCCCGUGCCCGCCAUGUGGAGUUCCUGUUCCUGGUCCACCUCCAGUAUACCCUUGUCCACCCCCAUGUACUCUGCCCAUAGUUGCUGAUGGGAUUCCCAAGUACGUGGUGAAUCCUUGCGAUCCCAAUGCCCGUGCCAGGCCGGAUAAAGGAAAAGACAACCCUUUGUGUUGUAAUGUGUGCGUUCCUGUUACCGUGUCCUGUCCUCCGCCAGCGCCACCCAAACCCAGAAGAAGAUGUAAGUACAUUCAACCCAAUAGACCCCAGUCGUAUGCUCCCGAAAGAAAGUAUUUGCCACCCGAUUUGAAGAUGGAAGACGGUACCAUCUACAAAAAGAGUUAUAUUCCUGCUAUAGCCGAAAAACCUAAACAAAUUAUACCUGAAAAUAAUUUGUGCGUUGGUGAAGGCAAAUUUGCAGAGGAUACUAUAAACAGAAUGUCGUAUAAGCCUGUAAAAAUCGAUCCUGCUUGCCCUUUUUAUCCUUGCGAACACAAAUUGAUCGGUGAAGGUCCGAUGCAAGAUUUAACCACAAACAAACACGAUUACGUUCCAAAACCGUUUGUAAAACCUGAGGCUGUGAAACCAUUCACAAAUCUGUUCACAUCAGAUUGUCCUUUGAGCGAUAAAACCGUUAAUCGAAUGUCCUAUAUGCCCAUCGAUCUUAACAAAGCCAAAGUUACCCCGUUCCAUCCCACCAACGCAAUAGAAAAACCCACUGGCAAAAUAAGCGAUAAGACUGUGAAUAAAAUGUCCUAUCAACCAUGGGAACCGACUGGACCCAUCGAUAAACCGUGGGCGGAGAAACCAAAGUAUCAAGCACCAAAGUUGAAAAUGGAAGAUAAUACGGUGAAUAAGAUGAGCUACAAGCCUCCAGGGCAUUACGUUGAGUGCGACGAUGACGAUCCCGAUUGUAUUGAGUGUCCAGAAAGUGUUUCCAUUUUACCUUCAGCACAGCAAGCAUGUAGAGGUCCAAAGGUUUGUUGUUUGCCGUGCUGUUGUCCCAGAGCAUCCUUUUGAUUGCAAGCAUUUCUUGCUAUACCUAGUGAAAUUGUGGUUUUGUUUUCAGAUUUUUACAUUCAGUAUAUGUCCAAAUUUUCAAUAGAAAUG